GGCGGAAACUUACGCCGGCGGCACAAACUUUGUGUCUUGCUCAAGAUGAUUGCGUCGAAUUUUAUGUAAACAAUUGGCUCUCCGAUGUUGUCAGCCAUGGAUGUUAUGAUUCACUCUUCAAGCUUUCUCCUCCCUUGCGACGAAACUUGUGGGACGAGAUACGCUCUCGUUGUUCUUAACCAGAAUUUACCACGAUUCACUCCUCUUCUCUGGGAACAUGCAAAACUUCGUCUCUGUGCUGAUGGAGGCGCUAAUCGCAUCUACGACGAAUUACCUCUCUUCUUCCCUCACGAAGACCCUUUUGUCAUUCGAAACAGGUAUAAGCCCGAUGUUAUCAAGGGAGAUAUGGAUUCUAUACGCCGUGACGUCCUCGACUUUUAUGUUUACUGGGGAACUAAGGUUAUAGAUGAAUCUCAUGAUCAAGAUACCACUGAUCUUGAUAAAUGCAUUUCGUAUAUCCGUCACUCUACUUUGAAUCAGGAGAGUUCCAGACUCCAGAUUCUUGCCACUGGAGCACUCGGGGGAAGAUUCGAUCAUGAAGCCGGUAAUCUCAACGUCUUAUAUCGAUAUCCAGACACAAGGAUAGUCCUUUUAUCUGAUGAUUGUCUCAUCCAACUCCUUCCAAAGACUCAUCGACAUGAAAUACAUAUUCACUCUUCUCUUCAAGGACCUCACUGUGGACUUAUACCCAUUGGAACUCCAUCUGCCAAUACCACUACCUCAGGGCUUAAAUGGGAUCUCAGCAACACUGAGAUGAGAUUUGGUGGGUUGAUAAGUACAUCGAACUUGGUUAAAGAAGAGAUAAUCACAGUCGAAUCGGAUUCGGAUCUUCUCUGGACUAUUUCCAUCAAGAAGACAGGACUUCCUGUACAAGACCAUAAACCUUAGUGGCGCCACUCUUUAGUUUUAUACGCUACUAUUAUAUUCAUGAUGCAUCGAAGAAUUACUUCAACAUUAUUGUGUUGAUUUGUUUUCACUAUACCAGCAAAUAACAAUUUAUUGCCUUACC